AUGGCGAUCUCAAUGGAGUCCCUCUGCAUGCUAACGCUAGCAAUCUCCUUUGGUACCUUCCCAUUCCUCUGUAUCCUCUUCACAACCAUUCUCGUCCGACCACGGCUCGCCGAUCUUCAGGAGAAGGUCCUUGCUUCACCUGAGAUACAGCAACUCAAGAACGAGGUCUGUGUCUCGAGGAAGGCCGAGACCCAUUCACAGCGUAUCGUCGAUCGACUGGUCGGAAAACUUAUUGUCAACUCAGCUCGCACCAGGAAAGAGCAGCGAAAGGUGAGAGCUGCUGCCAAGGAAGCUCGUCGGCUUCGAAAGCAAUUCAAGCCGCUACAAAAGAUGGUCGUCUCAAUGAUUGAGCACUACAAUACCCAUCACUGGAAGCCAAAUAGCUUUCGCCGUGCGCAUGUGCUUGAGAGGCGGAUCCAGGCCCUCGAAAAAGAGAUAGCUGAAGGACGAUCACGAAAAAGUCAAUCUUCUCUGAACUCGGCUAAAGAGAAAUCCGAGAUCGAUCAGAGAGUGGCAGCGACAGUCUCAGAACUAGUCGCUCAGCUAUCCUUUAACCUCGCUCCGUCGUCCUCUGACACUCCUCAACCAUCCUCAAACUUCCUCCAACCAUUAUCUAGUCAAACUCCUCCUCCACCAAACGAGGACUGUCAAUCGAAUGCUUGGGAGUCUGAUGCGACCACAGUCCAGAAAGACAUUGUGUCGGCUACACUCGUGCAAGAUGUCAAAAUCACUGAUGAUAGGACUCAAGACGAAGAGACUGCUUCGCUGGAUGCUGUGAAUGCCAAGACGACAGAACGUGAGCCAGUUGCUGCGAGUCUUGAGCAUACAAUCGAGGAACAGUCCGAAGACUCAAAAUCACCUGAUAGCAACAAAGUCCCUGCUCACAAUGCUUUGCUACCUUCAGGUAGCGACAAGAGAGUCAGUAUAGCCACGAGCCGCAGCUUGUCGGCUGAUCGCGAAGGCUUCCACAGCACAAAUUUUGACACAAUCGCUGCCUCUAUUGCCAGAAUACCACUCGAGAACGAGGACAACGAAGCUAGCACGGUAAUUCCUCAAACACAAGAUUCACUUGUCGGCUACGAACCAGCCUCACGACAGCCAAAAGCUGUGUCUGAGGACCGGGAGGAGAGCUCGGUGGUCGAUUUUCAACCAAAACACGCAUUAGGCCUGGCUGAUUCUAACCUCGACCAUCAAUCUGCUAUCACGGCGAAGAAGCCUAGAGUUACGUGGGCAAUUCCUCUAGAGCAGGAAGCGCCGCAGGACAAUGCUGAAGGAAAUGCCGUCACACUCGAGGCUCUCCCUACAUCACUGCCCUCUAGCGCACAGCAAGACGCUGAUGGGCUCGUUAUCCCGCAAACUUCGCCGGCAAACAUGAUGCCUGAAGCACAAUCGACGAUACUCACAUCAGUCUCGACUGACAAUUACUCCAGCGAGGCAAAUCAGGGGCAACCAGAUGAAUGUAAUAAAGCAACUCAUGAGGAAGUUGCUGAUACACCUGGAUCCAUGACUCCUUCAAUUACAGUUUACUCCACAACAUCGACGUUCGCAGCAGAAGUACCUCCUGUCCAGCCAGACAGUGUCAUUGACAUUUCGAACUCUUCCGAUGCUGCUCCGCCUACCAACCAUCCUCCAUCAUUCUCUCCAUGGAAGGACUUCAAUCAAGUUUCGGUUCCAGGAGAAUCGACGCUUCCCAACGUCGAGCUCUCGAAAGGUAAAUACCAGGAGUCAGUCUCCGAUUUCAAGACCGCCCCCCUUGAAGAGAGGGAUGUCGACGACGAGACGCCACAGUCACCAAGCACCUCGUCCUCUGACAUUGCCUCAAACUCAACGUCACAUACUCCUGUCGUCCAACCUGAAAUUCAAGAGGCAUUUGAUGCAUAUGUGGCCGACACCGCGAUGGCCGAGACUGAUAACGGCUACAGAGAUAAUGAGGAACAGCAAGACGAUCACACCAUGGACGUCGACGAUGUAGAAAACGACGACGUGGACAUGGUGGAUCAGCCAGUCUCAUCAAUGUCGUCCCAGCACGUCGAUAAUAUCAACCCACGGAGUACAGAAGACGCGAAAGGAGUAGACACGCAAGGAAACGGUUCUGGCGCAAGUGGGAACACGCAAGGCCAUGCUACUCCUACGCCACAACAAGGUCCUGUCACAUCAACACUCUCCACAAAUUUCAGCACGCCCUACCCUUCAGGAAUAUCAGCCGUGAACGUUGAUGUGCCACCGGCUGCACCAGCCGCACCGGCUCUCCAGGUCAUCAUAGAGCCCUCACCUGCUGCAGGUUACCAGAGUCCUGGAAAUGGUGUAUUGCCUCUGCCCCAAGCACAAUCUCCGUAUCAAAAUCCAGCUACCCUUCCCAGCCCACAUCCAGCUGUCAUUCAAGCUACACCUGUACCCGAGUCAGGCGAUUCACAUCUGCUCGUAAGCGAUGAAGACGUGCCGGCCGCAGUGGAUGAAACUCCUGCGAUGCAAGCAGCGGCAGAGCGUCGGGAAGAUUAUGACCGGCUUGCCAUAGACAUCGGAGUUUGCAAGGAUAUGCUGAAGGAUCUUCUGUCACUUCGUCUGCCUGAUGCAGACAGCGAACUACGAAAGUUUCAAACGGAUGUGAUUGAAGAAAAGCUUGGAGAAAUUGAAAAGGAGCAGCAAGACGUCGUGACUAACCAGGAACUUAACAACGAUGCCAGAUUCAAAGACGACCAGGUACGACAAUUCAUGUCAACGCCGCCAAGAUAUUCUUUGGAGCAAGCUCAAGAAAUGGCAAAGACUUAUUUUCCAGAAGAGCCCGCAGACAGACUGCAGAAGCACAAGGUCAAGGAAUUGCAUGCUGUGAGUCAAAGAGCGGCAGAUGCAGCUGCGGCGGCGGCGGCGGCUGCGGGAUGGGAUGCCGUGCGUGAUAUAAGCACAUACAUUGAUCCUCAACCUGAUCAAGGUCGAGCUCAAGCUUCAGCGUCCCCUACACCUCGAACUCCAGCUCGCGUACCUGGUCGUGUUCCUGCACAGAGUUCGACAUCUAAACCCAAGGAGAACCCAGCAGCUGGUCCAACCACGCCAAGUUCUAAGGCUCGCACUGCAGAUCACAAGCCUGACACGGCCUCAACACCGACAGCAACCCAGCCAACCCCAACUAGUGCAUCCAAACGAAAACCCGGAGACGACUCAAACUUUGUGGAGGCGAAAAACCUACUGGAUUCGUACGGUACACUCAUCCACCACUGCCACAUCCUCAUGCACUUGAUGCGAUACUGCGACCAGAUCGAAGCCAAUCCAUCCGUUGCUCCUUCGUUGAAGCAACAUGCGAAGGACAUCAAGGUCCUCGCAAAGAAAGAGCAAGAAGAAUGUGAGACAGAUGCGAAGGAGAAGAAGCUCAAAGUCAACGAGCUAGCGCGGCCGAUGAGUGAAGGCGCGAGGGUCAAGUUUAAGACCAAGAUACUCGAGAUCAAGAAGACGGAGGUGCAGCUGCCUAGCGGUCAUUUCUUGAAUGUGGCGAAAUGCGUUCUCCAGUCGUCUCCGGCGAAGGCGUACUUUAGGAGUAUCCAGCAUGCUAAGGGGUCUUGA